AUGGAGGAUAUGGCCAGGGCCGAGUAUCCCGCCAUGCUGGCAGCUCUCCAGCCCGGUCAGGCGGUUCAAACACUCACCGAACGAAUGAAGCGCAUGACCCGCGUCAACAACGAAGUCGCCGACUGGCUCCAGGAGCGCCGUCGCGUGGAGGAUCAAUACGUCCAGGGUCUAAAAAAGCUCACCCAAUUCAAGGUGCCAAACGGUCAAUCAGAGCUGGGUGUUUUCCAGGCGCCGUGGAAUAGAAUUAUCGACUCGACUGAAAGCAUCGCCCACGCUCACCAUCAACUCGCCGACCGAAUCGAAAAAGACAUUGAGCACCCGCUACGAAACUUUUCCAACCGAAAGGACUUUUUAAACAUGAACACCAUGUCCAACAACUUAUCGACCAUGGCCAAAGAUCUCGAUGACUCGCAGAACGCUGUCGACAAGCUCACUAAGAAGGGGGGUCGAGCAAACACUUCCAAGGUCGAGAGCGCUACAUCUAAGCUUGAGUCGGCUACUGGGCAAUGGGAAUCGCAGGCACCUUUCAUCUUUGAGUCUCUCCAGGCUCUCGAUGAGUCGCGUGUCAACAACCUGCGAGAUCUUCUCACCCAAUACCAGACGCACGAGUCUGAUUCGGCCCAGCGUGUGCAGGAGAAUGCUAUGGAAACGCUGGCACUGAUGCUCGAGAUCAACACCGAAAAGGAAAUCGAAUCUUUUGUGCACAGAGCUACUGCCGGCAAAGCGAAGCUUCCUACCCGAAACUCGACGCGCCAGUCAUCGUUCGCCGGCACUACACCUUCGACGCCAGUACCUCCAAGCACUGCCGAUAGCACCAAUCUGCCAGCUCAAAGUGCACACACAGCAUCUCCUGCUCCUGUCACAGCCCCGACAUCUUCCCACGCCGACGAUGAUAUGAGCGAGACAUCAAUGCCUCAAGAAAAGCCAGGAGGUAAACUGCGCCGCCUCGGUACCAUGUUCGGUGGACGUAGAAGACAGAGCAUGCACGCCGGCUUCGGUCAGCUUUCGCCUGGAAAGUUGGGACCCAGCUUUGGAAGAUUGGGAACGAGCCACAGCCAAACCGAUCGAGGCCCUUCUCCCAGAGCUUCCUCCAACAACCUCCAAGAGCACCAAAGAUUGUCGUCUCUGGCAGAAACCCCUGACAUGCCGCGGGUACCCGAUGGCGAAAACGACACACCCAAGCCAGACGCGCACGAGAAUACGAACGGAACGUCACACAAUGAAAAUCUGCUCGACAGCCCGAUUCCACAGUCGGCUGGAGGCACCGUUAACGGCAACCACGAAAUUGACCUGUCAAAUGUCCAGCCACCUCCUGGUCCUCCUCCGUCACACAAGCAAGACCAGCCGUCGGCACCGCAAAACGCAACCAAGGAUUCGGACGGGUUCAAUGUCCCGCCCCCUAUGAACGACCCUAUUUCCGAAGCUCAACGGGAAGCCAAGCAAGAGUCUGGCGAAGAUCCCGAUCAAUUGCUCAAGGUCAACAUUCAGCAGACGCCCGUUGAAGACGAAGAUCCAGAUGCCAAGAUGGCUGCACUUUCUAGCGUUGCCAACAGCCUCAAGAUGGGCCCGGCCACUCGUCGCAGUGGUACAGUCAGGGGACGUCGCGAUGUGCGUCAUACCAUGUAUGUGCCGCCUCCUAACCUGCCAGAGAGUGGCACCGAUUCCCCUAUAAGUGGUCUGGCAGCGUCUCCAAUCCUUGCUCCAUCCACAUCCAAGGGAAGUGCGCUUGCUGCACUGGCAUCCGAGUCCAGCAUUGCCGGUACUUCUGAUACACAGUCGGUGCGAUCUGGCAACUCAUUGGGCGGUGGAAACCACCCUCAACACGCUCACAUGACUGCUCCUGGUCUCAACUCGUCCAUCAUUGAGAGCGUAUCUGCUGUCUUUGAGGAUGGUGUCAUCAAGUCAGCGUCCAUCACGGGUGAAGUUGCCUUUGUCAAUAACCCCAGCGACUCGGGCGAUGCUAAGACCUACGAAACUAUCCGUAUCAACAACUUUGCGGCUCUCGAGCGCAUUGGUCCUAACCGCAUCUUUGUACAAAACUCAUCUCCCGACCACCACGACCAGUUCAAUAUUGAUGUGUCUCACCUCACCAAGAAUGCCACUGCAUUCUCCUACCGAGUAUUCGAGGAAUCAGAGGCUUCAGUACUGGCCGAGCAUGCCCCUCUCCUGUUGAAGCCCGCGUGGAAGCCUCAGGGAGACAAGCUUGGCUUGUUGCUACAGUACCAGCUCAACCCAGCCUCCAAGAUUGCCGCCCCUGUAUCACUACACAACGUGGUCAUUGUUGCAAAAUACGAGGGUAAAUCAAGUGGCGCCCAGACAAAGCCUGUGGGAAUACACCUCAAGGACAAGCACCUCGUCUACUGGCGCAUCGGUGACCUCACCCUCACCAACGACCCACAGAAGAUCGUCUGCCGCAUCAUCGGCUCAGAGGGUACAGAGCCCAAGCCAGGUCACAUCGAAGCCCGAUGGGAACUCACAGCCUCGGGCGACCAACCUGUCGGAAGCGGCAUCUCCAUCUCUCGACUCGACGAGGGCAAGGGCAAAGGCAAGGAGAUCUCCGAUGACGAUCCCUUCGCCGACGACAGCGCGAGCACAGAACAAAAGUGGGUAGACGUGCCUGUGUCAAGGAAACUUGUCAGCGGCAAAUACGAAGGACGAUAA